AUGUUCGCUCCCUCACCUCACCUCCUAUCGGCGACCUCAGGUCAUCUCUUUCCACCGGCGACCUCGGCUCACCUGUUUCCACCAACGACCUCGGGCUCACCUCACGUCACCGGAGACUACAAUGACUGCUCAAAUUUGCAAGCCCUAAGUACGAUUAAGCCGACCGAUGUUCUCCACAUCUCCAAAUUCUUACCAUCCCAUGGUCCGUCAGUUAGAUCUAAUUCGCCAAAGACAAUCAAUCUAUUGAGUGGCUUGGAAACAAUUAGUUUGCUGCUGAGUGGAGCUGCUGCUACUCCUGCAAAGAAAGCAGAAAGUUCUGAUGACAGCAGCCCUAAAGAAAGCGAUUCUGAAGAAGAGGUUAAGACUGCCCCUAAUAAGAAACCUGCAGCAGAUACUGUUGCAACCAAGAAGGCUGAUUCUGAUGAUGAAAGAUCCGACGAAGAGAGUUCAUCCGAUGAUGUGGAACCUCAGAAGAAAAAGAAUGAAAGUUCCGAUGAAGAGCCAGCAAAGCCUCAAGCUGCUAAAAAGUUGGACCAAGCUACAAAAAAAGAUAGCAGCUCUGAUGAAGCGUUUGAAGAAGGUGAUGAGGAAGAAAGCUUGGAUGAUCUGAAGGCGAAUGCUAAAUACACAGGAUACAUAGUAGGUUCUAGUGUUGUGUGGUUUUGGGAGGUUGUGAAAGCAGUUAACAAGGAAGACAGGGUGAGAUUGCUUCAAUUUGUCACUGGUACAUCAAAGGUUCCAUUGGAAGGUUUUAAAGCACUACAAGCAUUGAUGAUAGUUCACACAAGAGUAAUUGACACCUCUCUUGUAUUCAAAUAUUGGAGUGGCACCAAUUUCAGUUCCUCUGUCCUGGAAAUAGGAAGCAAUCCGGUGUACUCAAUUGAACGCCUUCGCGAAGAGAAUGAUGCGGUUAUUUUAGCAAUGGGGGCAACAAAGCCACGGGACCUCCCUAUUCCUGGACGUGAGCUCUCAGCUGACUGCGGUUCGACUUCUUUUAAAAUUUUUAAUUCAUGGCUACAAAUGGAUGGGUUCGAUGAUAUGCUUAUUAAAGCUAGAAUUCGAAAUUGGCAUUUGGAGGUUAAGAGUAAGAACGAGGAAGACAAUCUUCGACUUCACCAGAGAUUGAAUGUGACUGAUUCGAGUAUUGAUGAGGGUAUUUAUGUUGAUGUUAGUGUGUCCAUUCUUCAGAUGCUGCUCAAAAAGUAA